CAACAACGAAGACCAGGACUUCAUUUCUUAACAGACGACUAAAAUUUCCACAACUCUGAGCUUUAGACUCAGCAGCGAUGGCGAAUUCCCCCAAGAGGAUUCUACUCACGGCGAAUGGCGACGAGAUUUCCGCGGGGAUCGUUCGCAAUCUGGCAAAGUGUGGUUGCAGGUUAGUUAUUAUGGGUGAUGAGAAUAAUCUCCGGUCUCUGGUGAGGGAGAUUACGAGUUCCUUGAAGGAAUCAGAUCAGAUUGAGCUAAUUGGACUGAACAUGGAAGAAGAGAGUGAGGCGGUUUUCGAUAGUGCUGUGGAUAAGGCAUGGAAGCUCCUGGAUUCAGUGGAUGCUUUUGUCAAUUGUUAUUUAUAUGAAGGUAAAAUUCAAGAUCCUUUGGAUGUAAGUGAAAGCGAAUAUAAGAAGAUAGUGCAGGUUAAUGUGAUGGCGCCAUGGUUUCUACUGCAGGCUGUUGCUAAAAGAAUGAGGGAUGCUGGAUCAGGGGGAUCUAUUGUAUAUUUGUCUACCGUUUUGGGUGCUGAAAGAGGGAUGUAUCGCGGAGCUGCGGCUUUUGGUUCCUGUAUGGGUGCUAUAAAGCAGUUGGUCCGUGUAGCUGCAUUAGAGCUUGGUAAGCACAGCAUACGGGUCAACGGCAUUGCUCGCGGCCUCCACCUGGACGACGGCUACCCGGUGUCUGUGGGGAGGGAGAGAGCGGAGAAGAUGACGGCCGAUGUCAUGCCUCUUGGUAGAUGGCUGGAUCCGCAGAAGGAUCUGGCCUCCACUGUGCUUUAUCUUAUCAGUGAUGAUUCGCGCUAUAUGACAGGCACCACUAUCUUCGUCGACGGAGCUCAAUCCAUGGUGCGGGCUCGGAUGAGAUCUUUCAUCUGAAGAACGCAUCGCUCAAUCCGGAAGCAGCUUCGUAAUGUUCUUCUCUUACUGCUACUCAAUAAGGAUUGGAGAAAAAUAUAUCCGUUUAAUUUGAAAAUCUAACCGUUGUGGUUGUGGACUGUUGUGAUCGAUAGAAGGUAAAGGGGUUGAAUGUCUUUACACUCUGCUUAAUAAUGUAAUAAUUUUGUGCUGUUUUAUGCUCGAAUGGUGAGGGAAUGCAAAUCUCGUGUUCUGUUAUCUCAUCUUCUUCUGCUCUUGUUGGUGAAAUUUGCAUUGGGAGCGCAAAAUU